UUUUGCAGACGGAGGAGAGGAAAUGAAAGCAGAAGAAGUUAUCGAAACUCGGAACCACAUGUUCAAUCUUUUUUAGCGGUUUCCCCAGAGAUCUUUCUCAUUAACGCAACCUUCAUUUUGCUCAUUCAUGGAGUUGUAUUUAGUACCUCUAAGAAAGAUGAUUAUCCACCGUUAGUUAGUAAUGUGGGUUGGCUUGGAUUACUUAGUGUUCUAAUAACCUUGCUUCUGCUCGCCGCUGGCGCACCUCUCCUAACUAUUGCCCAUUUAUUCUGGAAUCAUUUUUUUAGGAGGGACAAUUUUACAUAUUUCUGCCAAAUCCUUCUAUUAUUAAGUACGGCUGGUACCAUUUCGAUGUGUUUCGAUUCUUUCGAAAAAGAGAGGUUUGAUGCUUUUGAAUUCAUUGUAUUAAUUCCACUUCCUACUCGCAGUAUGCUCUUAAUGAUCCCGGCUCAUGAUUUAAUUGCCAUGUAUUUAGCUAUUGAGCUUCAAAGUUUAUGUUUUUAUGUGAUCGCAGCAUCAAAAAGAAAGUCUGAAUUUUCCACGGAAGCCGGCUCAAAAUAUUUGAUCUUAGGUGCAUUUCCCUCUGGAAUAUUAUUGUUCGGGUGCGACCGGACUACUACCGAUCAAUUUUUGGAAACUUCUUUAUAGACUUGUAGAGACCCUCUAUGUAGUUGUAAUUCUUGGGCAAUCGAUCUACUUUCCCCAUAGCCCUAAGGCAGUGUCUCGAUCUCCUACGUGCGAAAGAUAAGAUACGGGAGACGGGGUCCUAUGGUAUGGGUCUUCGACCCUUGGUCUAAUUCCACGACGGAGAGUCGGCGUGGCGUAAAGUGAAGAUUGGGGGGAAUAGAGCGAAAUCCCCGUCUGGGGUAUUCCGAAGGUGUAACCUAGGCAACGAAAAAGGGGCCCGAUACUUAAACUAAAGGAGCGACCUGUUGGUUCACCAAACCCCGACCCAGUGUCACACGUUCUCCAGGUCCGAAGGGAUCCAGUGCCCAACUACCGACUCCUCCCGGAAUUGCGUUAUCGGAGCCGAGCCAGGAAUAGCCGUUAGUGGACACCUACCACUUUUCACCGGUUAGAGAGGCCCUCUUUAAUACAUUAAGAAAAUAUGUUCACAGGGGCCAGAAAGACUCGGUCAUAGGAACUUAAACCACCUACGCGCUGGUAAACGAAAACCACCUCGACCGGAUCUACCGAACGAAGAAGGCCGCCCCGUCGAAAGAAUUAACACGCCAAAAGGGCCACCAGCUUUCCCCAAAAAAAGGGGAGAUCCGCUGCUUACUGCUCACGGAAACAUCCGACCUUAUCGUCAAGUCGUCCGCCUAUCUUUCUGAUCUCAUUCGUUUUCCGAUCGCAUAAAAAGAUAAAAAAAUCAAUAAUGUGAGAAUGUAGUUACAGAUGUGAAAAAAGUAAAUAUCUCUCUGUCUUUUCUCUGGAUCAUUCAUUUACAAAGUUCUUUAAAAGAAGAAAACCGAUCGACCAUUCUCCGCGGAAGAUAGGUAAACAUUUGACGAGCGAAAAAAAACACGUGAGAAAGACCUAAAAACCCAUUCUCCCUAAAUGGUUUACCUAUACUGAAUGGAAGGUUUAUGACAUGGGAAGAUUUUCCAGAAUAUGAGCAAGGGUAAAGGAUUCAUCACUUGCUGGGCUUUCAGGGAGUAAUAGGAGGGGUUGGGAAUUGAUCGUUGAAAUCAUCCCACCAGAGCAUAUGAACUUGAGGUGGGGGCUCAAUCUCGUCAGUCUCCCGGAUUCCAGUCAUGUCUCUACCAUCGGUUUCUCCCUUUUCUCCGGCUGGCGUAAUAAGGAGGGAGUCAGAGACUACCAACUCGACAAUGUUGGCUCGAUCAUGUUUAUAUUGGCAGGAGGAAGUACAGCAUGAGUGGGUAGGGGAUUAGUAGUGACAUUAGGACGGUUUGCCCUUGGCGGCUCAAUUUUCCCUGAAUCAAUAAGGUCUUGGAUGUCAUGUUUAAGCCUUAAACACUUUUGGCCUUUUGUCUGAUGGUACUUGCAGUAGGCAUUGGCUUUGUACCUAGGAGGAAGAGGAUCUGGUGGCGGAGAUGGGGGAAAAGGCGUCAGUACACCAUGCUUCUUAAGCUUAUUUUCCAAGGCGCGGCUGAGAGUUAUGCCGAACGGAGUGAAAGUCCUGAGUGUCUUUGGUUUUCCGUCAGACAAGAUAUUCACUUCACUGUUCUUGCUUGUUCCCCCCAGGGCUAUCUUCUUUCCUUUUGGAUCUGCCUCUUUGACCUGUGAUCCAUGAGUCCCAUUGUAGAUAGCAUCUUCAAUACGAGUGGCUGCUUCAAUCAAAGAGUCAUAAGUGGUCAUCGCUUGGAAAUCUAAAUAGUCAUGGUAUUGCCUACUCAUGUUAUUCAUCAUUAUCCGAACUUGUUCCUUUUCUGGGGAGAGAUCAAUCACUUGGGCUGCUUUGGCCUUCCAACGGGCCAGGAAAUUGGUCACAAUCAUAAAAGACCUGAACCGGAGGUGCUUGGGGUGCAGUAGAAGGAACAGACUUUGAUUGAUGAGAGAUUUUGGAUAAGAGUUCAUAAAAGGCGCUAGCCUGUUUCAUGGUCAGGAAGGGAAAGGAAAGAGCUGGGUUUCUAACAAAAAAGGAAACGUUUCCUUUUUUUUUGUUAGAAAACGAGCUUCUGGCAAAGCAUCGGGAGGGAGUGUCAUUGACCCAUUCCUACUGCUUCUUUGAUUCAUCAAUUCCCAUCUAUGAAUUAUGGAUCCAAUUCGGUAUCUUGCGUAGGAAUUCAUGUUGUCAACGAGGAUCUUAGCCCCUUCUUGUUGUUUUCCCAGCCAACUGUCAAAUGCAAAUCCAAAAAAAGGAAUGCCUUUGAGAGAAGAAUGUAGGAACGAAGCUUCCCGGAGUCCUUUUCCUCCGUGAACAAACCUGAUUUCGUCAAAGACGAUGAGACUUCGGUUUCCGGCGAGGCCCAGUCGGAGCCAAAGGAAGAUUCAGCGAGAACAACAAAAGCACUAAAAGAAUUGGGUUUGGUAAUCGACCGGGUUGAAACGCUCCAUAUUCCUGGAAAUACGACGGACGACAUCAUUGAUCAUAUGGUGGAUAUAUGGGAUAUAGACAAAAAAGCUGAUUCAACAAGUAAAAUAAACUCUUUAGUGGGUUCGUUAGAGCGCUUUGAAGAACUAAAAAAUCGGCUUGUUGCCGACGCUUCGGCAUGUACAGAAGAGGAAGUCCAAGAACUUCUUCAACGAUUUCAGAAUACGGGCCAGGCCGCCAGUGACUUUCUUAUUGCUAGGUAUGGUAUUGGCACAAGGUCGAGUCAACUGCACAGCAUAAAUCUCUCUUUGAUGACGAACGAAGUCAAAACACGAAUGGAGGUGGACCUUGAAAACCACCAAGAAGUGUUUUCCGAACCUUUUCUAAAUUGUUGUCAAAAAGCGUCUGACUGAAUGAAGUAGGCUCCGCGGUCUUCAACCAAAAUAAAGUGACCAAAAGACACAAUUGCAUCGGUCCAAUGAGACAUGGGGGCACCAGUAGAUAUUGAAAGAAAUACUAUUGAUCGGUAUUAUUGUUGUAGUUCUUUCUUCCUAUCGUCGAUGAAAGUACAACCACCCGUUUUCCACACUUUUUCAUAUCUUAAGUCAGCGAAUUACCCGCGGUGAGGAAGAGAGAUUAGAACUCCAGGAUUGGCAGAAGUGUUUCUUCUCCUUGCUAAUUGCCUACUCAACAUUGGUGUGUUUCACAUUCCACUCUAUCUAGCCAAAUAUCAUAGCUAGUCCAAUGCUUUUCCUCGUCGUAGUGAAGUGAGGGAAGGAAUUAUGCCCUAGCCCCAAACAAAAGUACUUGUUUUGACCGGCCUAUUACGAGCCUAAAGUAGUACACACAAGAGUGAAGUCAGGGCGAAAUCCCUACUUACUUGACUGGUUUCCGGGUCUCAGAAACAUAGAAAGGAUUUAACGAAUAGGAUAGUCUAAUGUCCAGUGAGGACAUCUCCUUGCUUGCUUUUUUCAUUGACUGAUUCUAGUGGCUGGCCCAGUGAGAGAAUUACCAGUGUCUGUCAUUAGACUUGAUCUUUCCAUGGCGAACUCUUUUGUUGUAUAAAAUCGGCUGGCUGGAUUGACCUUUGGGAUUGAGUCACUCGUACAUUGAAUCAGAGUAUUUCGUAUAACUCUUACUUAACAGACUUAGUGGACUGAUUGAUUGUUUCUUAGUUAGGAUUUAAAAUUCCUCCUAGCUUGCGAAAUUCCCCUCUGCACUUGCUGCUUUAAUAAGAAGUAGUAGAUGGGAGUAAGGGCUCGGCUGGUGAGUAGUAGGAGUAAGGGCCCGGCUAGUGAGAACUAGCUUAUACUAUCUUUCCGGUGUAAGAGCGUCUCGCUUAUACUUUCGGAGAUCUCUCUCGUAAUUCGUAGAGAGCCCCGCCUAAUCUAGAAAAGGGUUUUUCUCUGAGCCAUAAGUCAAAAUAAUAAGUCAAAAUUCCGCAAGAGCUUGACAAGCAAUCCUUCCUACACAACUCAUCGGCGGUGUGACCAGCUUUACUUUUAUCUUCGAUUCAACCUUGGUAUUCUCCUUUCUUAAACUUACUAAGACUAUUGCUUUUUCAAUGAUUCAAAAAAUCAUCCCUAGUAUAACAAGCUGUACCUGACCAACUAUAGUAUUAGACUCAAUAAGAAGCUUUCAAAACACCACUACUAUAUCUAAUAUGCCCCGCCAGACCAAGAGUGAGGAGGUUGACUGAACCUCUGAGCGAGCUAUUAGUACCUUCUUCCUGAAGAGUAGUAGCCUUCAUUCAUAGCCUGACCAACUCGUUCGUACGCUAGUCAGCUAUUCAUUUCUAGUCAGGUUGCUAUUCCGAUUCCUAUCGGUCCAAAAUACCAGUUUCUUUGGUAGUUAGAACUUCAACUUUUCCAACUGGCACUUCAACUCGCUGUCCAAGUCCUAUACCUUUUCUUUCACAAGCCGGGAUAAGGGCGCUAAGCAUUGAUAAAGACUUUCAUUGCUUCCCUAUAAUCUAUAUUCAACACUACUUGAUACAAAACUUGCUUUCCUUAUUUUAGCUACUACCUUUCUCAUAUUCUUAUCAUAUACUUCUUGGAUGCCUUCCUCCAAUCGCUUUCUUGCGCGAGUUAGAUUCUUUAUAUAUAUAUAGGUGAUGAGUAGGGGUGCAGCUCCGUGUACCGCGGCUAGUCAAAUGUCCGAUUUAAUGCACUAGAGGGCGUUAGCACUAAACUAAAUUUUUUCAGUCUACUUUGAAAGUAAAGACUUGCUUUUGUUUUGCUUCUUUGCUGAUGCUUGAUUAACUACAUGUUUAUACUGUAUUCUGCAACAGUAGAGAAGAGAGAAAAAACGUAAUGUCAAACUACACGCCAGCAAGUGCCAGGAAGAGAAGUUAAGCAAUUGGAAACAGAGAAUAAGUGAAAGACAAAAGCAGCCGGCUUAGGAUUUGCAGUGAAUAAAGCAAGGCAAGCAGUGCCAGAUGAUGAUAAAAUAGCGGCGCAUCCUUCUUUUGAAAGUGACCAAACGGGACUUUGAAGCAUAGUAUCAGAUGCCUUAUUUUUUUAGUUAGGAUCUCCUUCUCAUUCCAAAGUAUGGUUGGUGUAUACUCGGCCUUUCCCACUGUAGUUUGGAGCUCACCCUUUAUUUACACCGACCCAAUCUACAAUCAAAACAAAUGUAAAAGAAAAGGUGAUAAGAAAGAAAUCUAGCGAAAGCUAACUGUCAGCUAUAAAUAAAUGCUUUUGCUUUCUAUCCAGCAGCUGAUGCUUUUUAUGUAGUAAAGAAGGAAAUUCUUGGAGUUAGCACGGUACUGAGGUCUCUGGAGCGAGUGACGGAUUAUCUCUUUCGGAACAUUAGAGGUUGUGGACAGCACUCAUAGCUCCUCUAUUUCUCAAGGAUCUAUGCUUCCUGUUUGCACUCUUUCUAGGCUGUCUUCCAGUGCGAUAGAGAAGCUGGCAGUGAACGGAUUCAUCCGGCAAAUGUGGCCAUACUACUAGCUCUGGCUAGUCCUUGCUUCAUGAGGUACAUACUUCUUCCGGUCUGCUCUGUUGCCGAGCUUUCAUUCUCGGACACCUACAUUCCCAACAGGCUAGGGCAAAUACAUGAAGUCGGAAUGAUUCCCAAACCUGGAUUGAAUGCUCCGCCAAAGUCAACCUAAACAAUUAAUUGAAGGAAGUGUCGCCCGGCAUCGAUUUCACGUGUUGGUUGCCCAACCCGAUAAGUAGUUUUUGAAUGAUUCGCGUUAGCCAGGAGUUAGAGAUGUACUUUAUAUUUCAAUAAUUAGACAACAGCCGUCAGUCAAAAUACUGAUAUCCCCCUCGUUCACUUAAGUGGUAAGAAAUGCUUUAGGUGAACAUGCAUGCAGCAAUAAUUAUGUAUUAUUCAAUUGUUAUUGAUUCCUACUCCGUACUUGACUAUGAGAUAGAGGAAGGAUCUGAUAAUUGCUUAUAUAAGCUAAUUCCUAAUUCUAAGACAUAGAUUUCAUUAUGCGGGGCGUAGCGAAAGCAUUCAACCUUCUAGGACUAAGCCUAAGGCCUAUGGUCCCUCAAAAAAGAGAGAUCAAUCGCUAUCAAUGCCAGGAGGCAGAUCAAGAUUCAUGGGAACGAGAACCUUUUUACCUAAGUAGGAAGAAUCCAUUAGGGCUGCGAACUCUUCCAAUAUGUGCGAGCAAAUGUGCAUGAUCGAGUUGGAAAAACCAGGGCAUCAUCUAUCUAUCUAUCAAACUUUUAAUACGUCUCUUCGAGAAGCAAAGAAACUAGUAUAUACUAGACUCGGUGCCAAGGGAGAAAAGCUUAGAGAUAGAAUGCUCAUCCGUCCAUUUCUUAUUUCCUGAGGUUCACCUAUGUUCUUUUCUUGUGCUUUGUCAAAUCAAGUAGGCGCGUAUGAAACACAAAUCCAGAGGCGGAUAUCUAUUGACGAUAUAGCGUAUGAAAGAGAUUUUUAUGCAAUUCCAUCGGUGCUAGCUCUGUUUUCAGCAUUUGCCUGAACAGGCGCAUUUGCUGCUUCAGUUAAUUCCUUUUAAAGGUGGAUAUUCCGGUUCAUUCCUUUGGGACUGCUCAUUUCUUUGCCUUAUCAUUUGCCGACAUGCGGACUCACUUCUCUUUUAUGGGAUGAAAGCCCUUAUCCCAGUCCUCACCAACACCAAAACAAAAAGUGAAAGAAGACCCCGUACACACUCUUCUUUCCCGCAGCCUAGGGAGGCUGCGGCCUCGCCUUCUUUCUGUAAAAGAAAAGAAAAAAAAGAGUCAAAUCGCACCAUCUCUAUAAUAAGUAAAUGCCCUUUUUUCCCCGGAGGUUGUCGGAAUUAUUUGCAAAAAAAGAAAAUAUUGGCUACAAUCGAGGAGGUCUUAUCAAUGAAAUUUCCAUUUCUACGGGAUCUAGGCAUAAUUCCCAACCCACUGACACAAGGAUUUUCAGUCCUUUGCUCCAACCAACUGAACUAUCUGAACAAAAAACGAACGAAGUUUUCAGCAUAUAGCGUCUACCUCUUCAUUGGAUCACCUUGGUACCGCUACUGUCUUCCAAAAGAAAAGCAAGAUCUGUCUAUCUACGAAAAUCUUCGAUGCAGCACCAAUUGCUCCGCGCCUGGGAAGGCUUGUCUCGUGUGGUGGCGCUUACUACUUAACAAUACAACUCGUUUAAGUCAGUCCGUCCUUCCGGUUCUUUCUCUAGAAAACUCGCUCGGCCAUCCCUUUGAUUGAGCGUAGGGUAUGGAUGGCUUUAUUGGAAAUAUUCUGUUCUAGCUCAGGGGCUUCAUAGCUGAUACUCUUUUUUAGCUAUAGGAAAACUUCUUUUUUGAAUAGGCCCUCUCUUUUUCAAUAGAAAAGUUCUAAGAGUGGCCUGCCCUCAACUCAAAGUGGUAGGAUUGAACCAGGCAGUCUUGUAUUCAAAUUGGUGGUGAGGGGAUUCACAGGUCUAGCCAGGGCAAGGUGUCAGAAAUAGCCAAGCACGAGAUAGCUGAUAUGCGUUUUUCACAAAAGCACCGGUCAGUUACUAGGUAAGAUAAGUAAUAGGCUUGGUCAAGUGUCAUGGAAUAGAACUAGUUGCCAAGGUAGCUGGGUUUAAGAAACACGAGAUACUUUUUCUAUAAAUAUGGACGAAUGGAAGUUUAACUCCUAAAGAAGCGCUUUAUGAAGCUUCUCGUAAUUUGAUUGAUUUAUUUCUUCCUCUGCGUGUAGACUGACGGAGUAGAAGGUUCGGUUCGCUAUUUGCUACUGUCUAAUCUAGUGCGCUUGCUUACUUUCUUGGAAUUCUACUCUAGUGCGCUGAGCUGCUUCUCCUUCCAAUUCCGCUCGCCCCGGUCCUUGAUCGAAGGUCUGGUAUCCGCACCGACGCGACUACUAAUUCAAAGGCAUGCUCUACCUCGCACCUGACCAGCAAAAUGACGUAUAGUAACGUCAUAGCUGUGACCCGAACCACAGUGCUCAUCAAAGAUGGUAGUGCCUUCUGCAUUGCGCUAAAUGAUAAAGCCUAUUUAUUCCUAUGUCUUUCUUGUUAAAAAACCACCUGCGAUUUCAGAUAAGUCUUUCUGCUUAGAGCAAGAAGCGGAACUAAGGUGACACCUAGAAAAAUGAAGGAAGUCAUUUCUUAUUUUUUUCAUAAGAAUACCGACCUAGCUUCAAUUGCUUCAGUUGGAGCUGCUGUCGGUAUUGGGAUCCUAUUCGUUUUCGCACUCCACAGAUGGAGUGUUCCUUCACUCGCCCAGGAACCCAUUCCCCGUCGCGUCUGGGAAUAUGGCGAAGAGCUCGGCUUCUUCCAAAUGAGAAUGUCGACUCCUCGAAUGCCAAUCGAUAUCUCGAGGAAAUUGCGCAUGUCCUCGAAUUUCGAUUUUUUGAUCAACAAGCCAUUGAAUCACUUCCAGGGGGGGGGCACUCCUGGGUGGAGCUUGCGAGGACUGUAAUUUCAAGGACGAUCAGUCCGGAUUUGACCGAUAUCGACAUUCUCGCCUACGCCUAUUGCAUAUUAAUGGAGAAGGGGCAAUCCAAUGAGAUAAUGACAGAAGCCCUUAAAAUCCAGCUGCUAUGGCUGCAAGGGUUAUCCAUUUCAUAGGCGAGGGUGGGGGAGAAGCAAGCCGAACCUCUGAUCGACCCGGACACGUCCAAAAUUCUCGGCGUCGAGAGAAAGACGAGAUUCAGUAAGUAAUUCAGUGAGUGCUUUCUUUUAUAAGAAGAGCGUCGGCUUGGAAGAAGAAAAUGAAAUACGAACAACCGCGCUGGUCGUAAUAGAUCGACUUGAAUGCGUCUUCUUGCUCCAGCAUUCAAGUUCCAUUUCAAGGAAGGACGACGUACCAUGAUACUUUCUGUUUUGUCGAGCCCUGCUUUGGUCUCUGGUUUGAUGGUUGUACGUGCUAAAAAUCCGGUACAUUCCGUUUUGAACAGCUUUCUUUCUUGCUUAGCUAGUAUUGCCAAAUUAGGAGAAUGUCGUGAAUGCUCCGGUACAGGAACAGCUGAAAUGAAGCUAAAAAAGGAUUUAGUUAUCCAGCUACUGUUGUCAGCCUCAUUUUCCUUCAGAGUUGCAUCAUGUAUGUCCUCUACAAUAACCUUAUUUAUUAUUCGAUUCUCUCGACUUUCUUCGCAUCAAAUACCAGUACGUCGGGAUCCUGUGAAAGCUGAAUGAAGUGAUAGAUAGAGGAAAAUCCAUCCAGUUAGUGAUGACAGGCUGCAUUAAGGAAAGAAGGGGUAUUUCUAAAAUUGAAUAAGCACACAAUGAUUUAAAAGUCCCCGUUGCACUGAACGUGUCUCCGAAAUAACUCAUAACGAUACCUCAACACCUGGCAUCCUGAAAAAACACUACUCCAAUCCGAGAAACCUCUCUUUGACUCCUUAGUCUCUAUAGCCCUAAACAAGCAUUUUGGAAAGAGUGCCGUUAGCGACUCAUUAAAGAGUUAAGUUCUCAGCUCUUCAGUGGUUAAGAACGACGAAGCUAGUAGAUCAGCGACCGGAUCGGGGUACUUCUCAUGAUAAGGGUUUCGGGCUUAAGAAGUAACUCUGGAGUGGGAGCAAGAUCUGCUGCUAGUGGGGGAAAAAAGAUAGUGGAGGCAGAGGAUUUUCCAGCUAUAAGGUCAAGGGGAAAAGAAGCAAAGAAAGGUGCGCUAGCCUUCCAUUUUGAGAAAGAAAUAGGAACUUAGGCUGGGUUUCAUCUGGGACUGACACUUUAUUGUUAGAAGACAGCCUCAUCAGGACAUUCUGCAUUUGAUCUUUAUUAAACAAACGUACUUAACGUAGUGGUUUUGACUUACUAAACAAAUACCGGCGUUCGAAGCGAUGAAUAAGCCAAGUAGGAGAGGCAUUUUGAGUACUGCUUGGUAAAAGACUAUAGCCGAGAGGGAUAAUUAACAAGGCGAUACGCCAACGACAACCUAAAUCACUGCUUUUAUUCUUAUUUCAGGCUCGCAACCUUUUCAAACAGUAGAAACUACCGAGCGUUGUUGGGCUCAUAAGGAGUUACUCACUUCUUCUUACUGCGCUUAAAGGAGCUAUUCUGACUUUUGGUGGUAAUCGGCAAUAUACAACAUGGCCGAUUGAUAGGACAGCUCAAUACCAGAGAUACGACUAGCUGACUUAUAAGCGACUCGAACCCUUAUUCCUUACUUACUUGCUUGGUAAUACUCGCCAAGCUGAUUUGCAUACUUUGUACCCUUAGCUUUUUGUUUGAAACCGGAGAGCUUACUUACAAUCUUAUGCCUGGCUACUAAAGAUAGGAAACUUCUAGCUGGGCUUCAAACUUAUAACUCCUAUUAGUGCGUAGGAAACGAAUACUUAAUAGCCAGCUUAACUUCUACCUUAAAUAAAGCUUCUACCUGACUUUUGAACUCCCUUGGGCUGCUAAAGCUAUAGAUACGAAAGAGAGAAUAUAAGAGUGAACAGCAUCAUGUUUUGAGUCUUUCUUAUGGGAGCUAUUAAAAAAAAUGAAACGACAGCUCAACCACGGCUUAAAAUUCUCAUUUCGGCACUUCCAUUCUUACUACUUGUUUUGAAUCUUAUAAUUGGCUUGUCAAACUCCGGAUACGACAGCUACACCUUUGACCUUCUAUCUGGGAUUCAAACUACUUAAAUGAUAGGUCACUUGUGCAAUCUUAACUUAUGAAGUCAAACUCUAUAACCGGCAGCAGCACUUACUACAAGGAGUGAAACGAACCGGAAUUCUUAUGCCCGGGAUUUAUGCCUUUUCUUCUUAUGGCUUACUUACAAACUUCCUUGAGCAUGGUACGAAACGACUACUUAAAGGAUGGAAACUUCAACCAAUCUUUCGUUCUUCUAGCUGUCUAGUUGGCUAAUACGAAAGAAACCACCGACUUAUCGACCACGGCAACUCAAACCUUAUUACUAGCUUGCAAACUCACUACUUGCUUUUAAAGCUGAUAGCGGAUACCGAGAAAGCCAACUUAGAAACAACAAAUCAGACUUCUGUCUUUUAUUCUGUAGAAGCGAGAACUCCAUUCGUAAGCCGGCACUUCUUCUUUCUAUCUGGCUAAAACAUAAGAAACGAGGAAUGCUUACUCCAACUCCCGAAGCCAAUCUUCCUUUGAAACUUCUAAAAGCUCAAAACCUUGGUAAAAGACUAGAAACGAAAGGGAGCAUACGGCACUUAAACCUGAUAACUGAAGGCAAGAAUUCGACUCAGAAACUACCCUUCUAUCCCACCCUGCUCCUCUCUUCUCGAGAAUCCAUACAUCCCUUAUCAGUGUAUGGAGAGCUAUCUCUCGAGCACAGGUUGAGGUUCGUCCUCAAUGGGAAAAUGGAGCACCUAACAACGCAUCUUCACAGACCAAGAACUACGAGAUCACCCCUUUCAUUCUGGGGUGACGGAGGGAUCGUACCAUUCGAGCCUUUUUUUCAUGCUUUUCCCGGCGGUCUGGAGAAAGCAGUAAUCAAUAGGACUUCCCUAAUCCUCCCUUCCUGAAAGGAAGAACGUGAAAUUCUUUUUCCUUUCUGCAGGGACCAGGAGAUUGGAUCUAGCCAUAAGAGGAAUGCUUGGUAUAAAUAAGCCACUUCUUGGUCUUCGACCCCCUAAGUCACUACGAGCGCCCCCGAUCAGUGCAAUGGGAUGUGGCUAUUUAUCUAUCUCUUGACUCGAAAUGGGAGCAGAGCAGGUUUGAAAAAGGAUCUUAGAGUGUCUAGGGUUGGGCCAGGAGGGUCUCUUAACCCCUUCCUUUUUCUGCCCAUCGGAGUUAUUUCCCAAGGACUUGCCAUGGUAAGGGGGAGAAGGGGGAAGAAGCACACUUGAAGAGCACCGUACUGCCAGGGAGUCCCAUUGAAACGCGGGACAUAAACUCAUAUAUAGUGUAGUUUCUAUGAUUUGGUUUUUCAAGUAGUAUAGUUUUCUCAAGAAACCGGAAAAAGAUAAGUGUAGAUAAGUAAGGAGGGGCCCUUAGUGAGUGUGUAUAGGUUUCUGAGUCAGAAGAUUCUCAGGAUGGAGACUAGGGUGAAUAGUUCCGCCUUCUUCUCCUUUACCGAGAAUAGGAGAUCCAUCAAAAGCCUGCCUAGAGAUUUACCUAUUUCUUAUCAGCAGACCUAUGCCUUGAUCAUUCCUAUCUAAGUGGCUAUCUUUUCAUGCCGAGCCAUCCUUUUUCUUUACAUGCCUGCCUAGCUUGGGAAAGAAAGGAGAUGCAUAUCUCCUGAGUGAGAAGCACAAGCUAUUGUAUGUACCAUUCCUCUUCACUCAUUCUAGUCCUUAACUACUUGCUCGAAAAAGAGUCUCCUAUACUUAGGUAGGUUUUCCUAUACGAGGAAUUACUCACCCAGACUGUCUCUUCGAGAAAUGUUCAUUGAGAUCCUAUCCAUAUUAAUGCACCACUUAAUAAUCACAUCUUUGAUGUAUGUGCCAGGUCUCAUUAUCUAAAUGCAUGAAAUAAAAAUACUUGAUAUCAGAAGAGAUAGAGAUGGUUCUUUUGUUCGGGAGACAACCAUUGUAGAUUCCAGCCGAGAAGACCAGGAAAAGAGAAGGAUAAAGAAUGUCAUAUAUCUCAGGAGCUAGAUCACUUCCCGAUGAACAAGUCAGAAUUGCCUCAACAAAAAUGGAUGGAAUUGGACCGAAAAAAGCCAUUCAGCUUCGUUAUCAAUUAGGUAUCAGUGGGAACAUCAAGAUGAAUGAGUUAACUAAGUAUCAGAUCGACCAAAUUGAAAAAAUGAUAGCUCAAGAUCAUGUUGUUCAUUGGGAAUUGAAGAGGGGGGAACGAGCAGACAUCGAACGAUUAAUUUCUAUUUCUCGUUAUCGUGGAAUUCGUCAUCAAGAUGGAUCGCCAUUACGCGGUCAACGAACUCAUACUAAUGCAAGGACUGCUCGCAAGCAAAUUCGGAAAUGAAAGAAGGCUACCGAAAGAACAAGCAACGGAUUGAGCGCUCAUCCCUUGCUAAAGCGCAUACGUUUUCUUGCUCCUUGGUACUUGUCUGAUCAAUCACACUGUUCAAUAGUUCUCUUUUUCUUUUUCGUUCGAUGAACCGCUUACUAAUCACGUAUACGUAUAGUAGGCCCCCUUCGCCACUCCACGUCUGGCCCGUCUUGGUCUCGCUCACUUCGCCCGCCUAUCGUAUCGGUUCGGCUUCGUCCGUCAAGCGACUGCUUCUGCCUCAGACAGCUUUACUAUCGCUCAUGACUGGUAGUUGUCUCUAUGUAGUAGUCGGCCUUUGUUAAGCUUCGCCAGAAGCGACUAGUCGCUUCCCGAAUGCCUCUUUCUUGUACUAAUUAAUGUGUAUGGUCUAGUCUUUCCAAUGCCUCUUUCCUUGCCGCCAACGCACGCUAGAUGGAGAGUAAGCAAGCUACCUUGCUUGCAUUGCAUUCGUUAAACGGUAGCUUCCGCGCCCUUCCUGCCUGCAGAAAUUGAUGUGAAUGAUCGUGUCUUCGACAUCAAUUUAAGUCUGAUUAGAUAUGUCAUUGAAACAAAUCUGUUUUGUCUCUGUUUUAUUUUCGGAUGAUAAGGAUGAGCCAGCCGAUCCUAACAUAAUUUUGGAGGAGCCGGACGACGAAGCCUCAAAAUCUGAUAAGGAUGUCUCCGACGCGACCGGACUGCAACUAGAUUUUUUUUUAGGGGUCAGGAGGGAAAAAAAAGAUAUGCUGUUUCCUAUCAGUCCCAAGCGGAUACCCCCCAGCUUCCACGGUCCGCUUACCGAGGAAGAGAUGCGGGAGGACCCAGGGCCAGAGCAAGUUGGGUUGGGGUAUAGAGCCGUAAGCGCGGUGGGGGUGACAGAGGAUGUGCUCGUACGGUUCAUAGUUGGGUAUGAUAUUCUCGUGGAUUGUUGGGAACGUCCUCUAUAUUCGAAAUAUGCCUUUCUAGGAGCAUUACGAUCUGCAGCUCAAAUGGUCUCUUAUGAAGUCUCUAUUGGUCUUAUUCUUAUUGUGCGCCUUGUGAGCACGUUUGGAUCCGCGAAGGCAAUCGCUCGGAUCUUCCCCUAACCCAACCCGGGAACGGACCGGAGGGAACCGCAGCAUGAGGAAUGUCCGCGUCUCGUCGCAAGGCUCGUUUUGAGUUUUGGGUCAUAGGGCGGGCAGUGCAGUCCGGGGCACAAGGGUCCUGGUACUACCCAGGUGCGAAGAACCCCGGAGGUGACUGCAAUGAGCAAAAAUGUCACUCACCGGCCUAAACGACGAGCAAACACUCGAACGUGAGAGCAAGGGAUCACCCAACGAAUGGACGAGCUCCAAGGAGGGAGGAGAGAGGGAGGCAAGAACCAUGCUUUCAGAGAAGUGGCGGUCCGAAUCCACUCUGACAAAAGAAAAUAACUGACUAAGCCGUGCCGUAAGGGGGGCUCCACACGGGACGGGGCCAAGGCCUUCAUGUAUGGGUGACAGAUCGGCCAUAGGAGUACUCCGGGAUAUACACCAGGGCAACUAAUGUCGAGCAUACGAUGAUGCCGCCCGUUUUCAUUUCGUGAAAGUCCCCGGCAGAGGAAAGGGCUGUAGGUGAUGGCGCGUUCUGCUUCUUAGGGCGAUGAAAUCGUUCCUAUGGGAUCGUGCGUGGCAGCUGGUAUAGAUGAUGAUGAAAGGCGGGCCGCUUGAACCGGGACCUAUUCUCAUAAUAGGCAGCAAGCAAAGCUAAAUAGGAAAGGGGGCGACUGAUGACUGCCUUUUUCGUAAAAAUAAAAAAGGGUGGAAUGUGGAGCUAAUAUGGCUGGCUACAAGUAUAGCCAAAGAAAGAUGAGACGAGACGGACUGUCAGAGGACGCAGCGGGACUACCAGGGGAAAGCCCGCCCCCGCUAGCUAACAUAGAUAUCUAUUCUCGGUGCGCAUAUUCGAGAUUUAGAAUCUCUUUCCGACCAGGCCAGGCCGAAUCGGGCCACCACUUGGGAUGGGAAUGGCUCAGCCCACAUGCAUCAUUUGAUGAAAGCACUCCAGUCCAGUCGCCUCCGAUCAGUGGCUUGUCAACCACCGGACCGUAGCUCCUCACCAAAUGCCCCUGCGUUGGGGCAACACAGCACAUGACUAGUUCGCUCAAGGACCACACCCUCUCGAGAGCUGGAUGCCGGCCGAGAUGGAGCACCAACCUAGACUUUCCUUGGGCUUGCCUUGCCCCAACAUCUAAAUAAAGGGCGGGCGCCGAAAAGGAAGCAGUGACGCCUUUUCGACGAAAGCUUAGCCUGGUAGGCGCUGCUUACUCACCCUACUCCCUUAGACAAUGCAAUGCUCUGAACACGAAAGUUUGCAGUUCAGCCCUCUUCUCCCAUGCAGAGUCGCAGGCAGCGCCUCGGAUAAAAGCACGGACGAGCCACAUGCAGGGAAACUUGCACGUGUGGUUCUGGCCGGGGACCCCGGUAUACUGUACUAAUAUGUGUAGGUCCCUGUAAUUCGAGUGAGAUUGUCAUGGCGCAAAAGCAGAUAUGGUCCGGUAUUCCCUUGUUCCCCGUAUUGGUUAUGUUCCUUAUUCCUCGUCUAGCAGAAACGAAUCGAGCUCCGUCUGAUCUCCCAGAAGCGGAAGCGGAAUUAGUUGCAGGCUAUAAUGUAGAAUAUGCGCGGGAUGCGAUCCUUAAUAGUUCACUGUUGGCGGAAGCCAAUGUCUCGGGACUCAUUCUGACUUAAACAAGGGGUGGGUCUUUACCAACUUCCAAAUCCAAGAUUUAGGGAAAAAAAAGAGGGGCACUCUUCAUUCUUCAUUCGAAACUCAUGAAUGUCGGGUCGGAGGUUUUUGCCUUUUUAUCAAAAAGGGGAGUUGGGUAAAGCAAACUCCCUCCUUGGACGAGCACGGGGCUUAGUCAAGUAGAACCGGGUUGCGCUGCUUGAUGCUCCGAUCGAAAACAAAUCAGUGGGGCUAUGCCGGUACGACGGAAUAUGCGUUAGAAAGGUCAAUCCCUCCCCCCCUUUAUUUUUUUUUAAUGAAAAACCGGGCCGAACUUCUAAAAAGCAGCCCACCCGCUUCCAUAGAACAAUAUCGCGGCAACGUAGACCUAAGUGGAUUUAUUGGAUUCUGGGGAACCAUCACAAGUACGGCCGGCCUAUAGAACGAGAAUGCCGUGUCGUCCAGCGGAGCUUAGAAGAAGGUGACUCGGAGCCUAAGGAAGGUGACUCGCGCAGACAGCUGACUCCUUUUCAAUAGAAAGGAAUAGCCAAACCUACCCAGCUGGCUGGUCAAUCUCAGUGAUCUUAUCGGCCGGCAAAGCGGAGACGGACGACCACGGUCCCGACCUUACCAGCACCGUAGGUUUACUAAUCAAUGAAGCCCCUCAACCUACUAUCUUUUCUUACAAACUCAACCAAGCCUAACCAAACCCCAUGCUAACGACAUGUUCUUGAUAUUGAUUGAGUUGGAGGGAGUCAGAGACUACCACGGAAUCCUUCCAUAGUCACCCCGGUGACCUUCGUCACCAAAGCGUCACGACAGUUUCCAAGACCCCUCAUAUAAUCUCCAGUGGGGAUCAGUCGGAGCACGUAGGAAUGCCGACCACUACAUAAGCCACGUCUGGCUGAGGCGAGCAGCAAGCGGGGGAGAGUCUUUUUAAGUACAAGAACGUUGGGGUGGGACGCUAGUACUUAAACUAGGGUAGCUUCUUAGCGCUAAUCUUGCGUUUUCAGCAGUUAGUUGUAGCGCGCCUUCCCUCCUUCUCUCAUUUCGGAAAGAUUUGGCAGUAUUUUCUUAUGAUGACCUGGUCGAGAGAGUACGAAACAUCGGUGUAAAA